CUCUCUCUCUCUCUCAAUGGGAAGAACCCCCCCGGCCCUUUUUGCCCACAUCAUCGUCGGUGGCCUCUUUUUGACUUUCUUGCUUUUUACAUAGACCUGCCCUGACCCCGUCGUCGUCCCAACUACAUCUCUCCAGCAUUCAUCGUCGCUGAGUAUCGUAGCUCCAUCGCCGCAAUCGCUUACACACCGUACAUACGUACACGACUACCACAGCUCUUACACACACAGACGUCCUCACUCGAAAUCAGUCAUCAUGCCUGGAGUUCCCAUCGACGCCCUGGACAACCUCAAGUCCAAGUUCAAGGCCAUCUUCAAGAAGAAGGCCGAGGCAAAGCCCGCCGAGGCCAAGCCUGCUGCGACCACCACCACGCCCGCUGCCACCGAGCCCACCAAGACCGAAGCUGCUCCCGCCGCGGCCCCGGCCACUGAGCCCGCUGCUGCUCCCGCUCCUGCUGCCGCUGCUGAGCCAGCCAAGGCCCCCGAGCCUGAGGCCAAGAAGGAGGAUGCUCCUGCUACUACCGAGCCCGCCAAGGCCCCCGAGGCUGCUCCCGCCGCGCCCGCGCCCGCAGCCCCUGCCGUAGCCGCCGAGGCCGCCGAGGCCCCCAAGGCACCUGAGCCCGCCACCGCGCCCGCUCCUGCUGCUGCCCCGGCCGCCACCGAGCCCGAGAAGACGGAGGAGACUCCCGCCCCUACCGCCCCGGCCGCCGCCGCACCCGCUGCUGAGACCGCGCCCGCGCCCGCGCCCGCUGCCCCCACCGAGGCCGCCAAGCCCGAGGAGAAGAAGGAGGCCGCUGCCACCGCCUAG